AUGGGCAAGGUCAAACGACAAGACCGAAGACGCUCCAACCAUCAUGACAAUCCAAAGUACGGCAAGCCCACAAUUAUCAGAAGACAACAUAGUCAGACAACCGCUCAGCGGACGAAGAAAGGAGCAUCUCAAUUGAGUAAGCAUGGCCCACCGCCAAUUCGAGCAAAAGUGCCCUUUACGAAGCAUGACAAUAUACUACUUGUCGGCGAAGGGGACUUCUCUUUCUCUCUGUCUUUGAAACGCUAUCAUAAACUAGGGCAAAUAACAUCGACAUGUUUCGACUCAAAGGAUACUCUCGAGAAUAAAUACUCUGAAGUGCGGAAUACAUUAGCACAACUUCAAAGUCCAGCCGUGGAAAAAGCAGGAGACUCUCCUUUAACCGAACAAGACCCAAAGACAAACGAAGAGGAGUGGAGGAGCGUCUCUCCAUCACCGUCAGAGCCUUCCGCGAUUCAACGGAAUGAAUCCCGCGAGGAAAAACCAAAAAGGCCUCCGGUCCAGAUACUUUACGGCAUCGACGCAACAAAACUCUCCUCAGCACACAAAAAGGUUCUACGGCCAUACUCUCCGUUUACGAAAAUCGUGUUCAACUUCCCUCACGUCGGAGGACUGAGUACAGAUGUUAACAGACAAGUACGAUAUAAUCAAGAGCUUCUCGUUGGAUUUUUCAAGGCUGCAAAGGGACUGUUGUCGGCUCCCAGUCGACCGGCAAAAUUGCCAUUGGUGGAAGAUAAGAGUGACGUCGGUGACGACGACAUCUCAGAACGUUCUGCCCAUCACGAUCGCGCCGAACCCGAGGCCGUGAAUGGUCAGAUUCUUGUCACCCUCUUUGAAGGCGAGCCUUAUACACUCUGGAAUAUUCGGGACCUGGCGCGACAUUGCGGAUUGAGAAUGAUGGAAAGCUUCAAGUUUCCUUGGUCUGCAUAUCCCGGGUAUCAGCAUGCGAGAACGAUUGGGGAUGUCAGGACGGGAAAGGAUAGAGAUGACGAAGGGACACGGAAAGGGGCUUGGAGAGGUGAGGAACGAGAUGCAAGAUGCUAUGUUUUGGAGAAUCAGGAUGCGGAAGAAAAAGCUCAGCAGCCUUGGAAGAAGAGAAGGAAGCACGAAGAUGAAGAGGAUGAUGAGAGUGAUUGGACAUGUUGA